AGCACCGAGUGACUUCCGGUUGUCAGAAUCUCUGGACGCAGAGGAGAAAGCGGCGGUGGUCGUAGCGGGAGGGCCUCCUCUCAUGGUGGACGUGCCCUCUGGCACUUAGUGGCUCAGACUUUCCUCGUCGAAAUCGAUGCAUCCGCGGCGUCCGGACGGCUUCGAUGGCUUGGGCUACAGGGGUGGGGGCGGCAUCCGGGAAGAUCCUGGGGGCAACAGUUUCCCUGCAAGGUCCUUCAGCUCCACCUCCGACCUGAGCCACUGGGUGACCACGCCGCCCGACAUCCCUGGCAGCCGCAACCUGCACUGGGGGGAGAAGACCCCCCAUUACGGCCCGGGAGCAGCCCCCACCCCGCUCGGGGGGGCCGGCGAGGAGCCCUACCCCGGCAGCUGCAGCAGCGGGCCCGGGGCUAGCAGCGAACAGUUGAAUAGAUUUGCUGGAUUUGGUAUUGGACUUGCAAGUUUGUUUACAGAAAAUGUUUUGGCCCAUCCUUGCAUUGUUCUCCGUCGCCAAUGUCAGGUUAAUUAUCAUGCUCGACAUUAUCACCUCACUCCAUUUACAGUCAUCAAUAUCAUGUACAGUUUCAACAAAACCCAGGGUCCAAGAGCCCUUUGGAAAGGAAUGGGAAGCACAUUUAUUGUUCAGGGCAUCACACUUGGAGCUGAAGGAAUUAUCAGUGAAUUCACACCUUUGCCAAGGGAACUUUCUCACAAGUGGAGUCCUAAGCAAGUGGGAGAACACCUUCUACUUAAAGCCCUAACUUAUGUGGUGGCAAUGCCUUUUUAUUCAGCAAGCCUGAUUGAAACUGUUCAGAGUGAGAUUAUUCGGGAUAAUGCUGGAAUUUUGGAAUGUGUAAAAGAAGGGAUUGGCCGAGUGAUAGGCAUGGGAGUACCUCAUAGCAAGCGGUUGCUCCCACUUCUUGCCUUGACCUUUCCCACUGUUUUGCAUGGAGUUCUUCAUUAUAUCAUCAGUUCUGUCAUCCAGAAGUUUGUCCUACUAGUUCUGAAAAGGAAGAAUGCUCAUAGUCAUCCAACUGAAAGCACCAGUCCUGUACAGAGUAUGUUGGAUGCUUAUUUUCCUGAACUGAUCGCAAGCUUUGCUGCCAGCCUGUGCUCUGAUGUUAUGCUUUACCCACUGGAGACAGUUUUGCACCGUCUUCAUAUUCAAGGAACACGUACAAUAAUUGACAAUACAGACCUUGGCUAUGAAGUGCUUCCAAUCAAUACUCAGUAUGAGGGAAUGAGAGACUGUAUCAAUACUAUAAAGCAAGAAGAAGGAAUGCUUGGUUUUUAUAAAGGGUUUGGAGCUAUCAUAGUACAGUAUACCCUGCAUGCAGCCAUUCUUCAGAUUACCAAAAUUAUUUACUCUACACUGCUUCAAAGUAAUGUUUAAAAUGGAGAUCCAGCACUCAUUAGUCCAGGAAACAUAUUUUGGGCUCUUAAUUACUAUGAAAUUAUGAGAAAAAAAUGAAUAUUGAAAAAAUGGUUAGGAAAAUGAAAUUCGUGAAAAAAGAGUACAUGAUGACAAUUUUAAUUCUAAGACAGAAAUGCUUUAUUUUGGAUCAAAAAUACCCUAAAUUCCCAAAUCAGAACAAAAUAGUACUCAUAAGAUUAAAAUGGUAUUGCUGAACUCUUAUAUGCUGGAUUGAAAAAUAAUAUUCUUAACAGAAGCACAUUUUUUUUCUUGUAAUAUGAAAAGGUGUUGGGACUUAAACAAUUUAUCUGGCCUCAAUAUUUAUUACCUGUUUAAGCAUCUAGAUUGAUAUUGGAAUGGCAUCUCAAAGGUAUCCAUUUGAGUUAAUACAAGGUCAAUUGAUUAUGUCUUAAUGAUAGCAAUUGCAUUUAGUCAACCAUGGCAAAAAAAGGUCAAUUACCUUGCAAAUUAUGAGCAGGAGUUUGAGACUGUGUGUGUUUUAAAUGUGUUGUGAAAGUGUAGUUAUAAAAUAAUAAUUAGUGAUGGCUGUAUGUCCAGACAACUUGGUAUUUCCAAAACUUUUCUCCAUAUCAUUCUCCAUAUUCAUUUUAUAUACUUCCUAAUUUACUUGUAUUGCAGGAUUAGCCUAAAAUGAAACUAAUGGUGUACUUUCUACUUGUAUUUCACCAACAUUGAAACAUGCAGAGUAUAGACUUAAUCAUUUGGUAACAGUGAGACAGAAUAGACUAAUUGGUUUUUCCAUGUCCACAGUAGUGAUUUGGUGUUAUCACUAAUUCUUGUUUUGCCAGCAAUUUAAUGCAUAUGUGAUUUACUUGCAUAGCUAUAUGAACUAUCAGAAUACUAUUUUAGAGCCAUUUUACAAACAUUAACUACACUUGAAGAUGCAUAAGACAUAGAAUAAUCAUAAGAACUGAUUAUCAUUAGCGUCUAUAUUUACAAAUUGUGUUUUGAAAAAAGUAUCAAAAUAAUUUGGUUUCAGAGUUACUUGACUUCCAAGAAACAAAACUAAAAUUAAUGUAUUUGUUGCCCUUUGCCUUUCUUAUAGUGUUAUUCAAUUAAAUUCCUUUUUAAAAUUUAGUCUUUGAGACUUUGCUUUAACUUUUCCAAAUUACAAGUACAUAAAGAGCAAAACAAGGCUAUUUCCAUUUUUAAAAAUUUAAUCUGAUGUUUCAAUGAGUACUGAAGAAACACAACAUAAUCCUGAAAGAGAAUUUGGUCAUGGAUGAGUUUUCAUUUUUUCUUAAUCAGUUUCAUGGGAGAACACACUUUAACCAAAUGAGAGGAAAGAAAACUUGAAGGAAUCAGUUUUAAAUAAGAGCAAAGUUCUGCCUUUCUUCUGAAUUAGCUUUGGUGAGUAGGUUCUUUGCAGAGUAAAUUGAUGUGUAUUUAACUUAUUAGUCAUCAAACACUCUACAGUUUAUUUCUCACAUUAAUGAUCCAUAAUUUGCCUGGGAGCCAUUUGACACCUUGAAAUGCAUAAAUUCAUGAAUACAAGAAAACUAAAAUGUUCUUGUACUUGUUAAAUAUCAGGGGAAUGGUUACUUGUCAUUAUUAUUUUGACUUGUAGUUAAAUUCACUGAAAGUUUAAUGGAAACACAUAAACCACAAAAUAUGUUGUAAUCAGAAAAUAAUAAUAUCCAAAUGGCAAAAAAGUAUGUAAAUCACGACUCUCUCUACUGUCUUGUAAGUUGUCCAUGUAAAAUGUUUUUUAAAAAAAAUAAAAUUGCCGAAACAUAUACAGUUUCCAUUUUAUAUGCCAUAUUCAGAGAGGAAAAGAAUGAAAUUAAGAAAUACUGUUAAAACUCUGUUUUCUUUGGUUAAACUUUUUAUAUUUUUGGUCUAGUUGCUUUCGUUGUUGUUGAGUUGCUCUCAUUUUUUUUAGACAUUUAAUUUUUUUUUCUCAAUUAGAUGUAAAUUUUUUAAAAUGUUUUCUUAAAAUUUUGAGUUUCAAAUUCUUUCCCUCCCUCUUACCCUCUCUCCUUGAGGUCAAGCAGUUUGAUAUAAAUUAUACAUGUGUAGUUGUGCAAAACAUUUUCAUAUUAGCCAUGUUGUAAAAGAAAACA